AUGUCGGGAAACCCGGGCCAGCCUGGUGCGAGCAGCACCACCCCAGGCGCCCCAGGCGCCCCAGGCGGCGGCGGCGCAGGAGCAGGCGCGUCAGGAUCUUUUUCACAGCAGCAGCAACAGCCCGCGACGACGACGCCCGGUGCAGGUGCUGCAGCUCCCGCGCCUACACCCGUGAGCCAGACACCUAUCCCUCCUCCGACGACCGCGACGCCCGCGCCGGCACCGGCUACCGCGCCAAUGUCGAACCAGAAUCUGAACCAAAUUUCGGAAGGCGCCCACGGUCUAGUGACGUCCGGCGGAAGUGCCAUAUCUGGGGUUACGGACUACCUCUUGAAGCGUGGCUACACGCGUACAGAGACCAUCUUCCGGCAGGAGUCGUCGCAUUUGGGGCCGGAUGGUCGUCCUAUCCACAACAAGGUGGACGACCUAGGCCCGCGGAAGUAUCUGAAGGCCUUCAAUUUGCUGCGCGAGUGGGUUGAAAACAACCUCGAUAUUUACAAAUUCGAGUUGAACAAGCUCCUCUGGCCCGUGUUCGUCUAUUCAUGGCUGGAGUUGGUCACGCAGAAUUACUCCGAGGACGCCAAGAGCCUCCUCAACAACCUAAAGCCGUACUUCGAGAAUGUCCACUCGGACGACCUGAAGACGUUCUCCACGAUCACUCUCGCUCUGCACGCGAAGGAAAACUCUACUACCAAGCUUUACCGCGAGAACAAGUACCGCAUCCCGCUUAACCAGCACAUCACCGGCAACCUCUUCCACUUCCUGGAGCGCGAGCGGGACAAUGGUGGCUCAGUCAUCCUGUACAUCCUCUCGACCUUCUGCCACUUAGACUCCACCGCCCGCGGGCCUAUUGAGCCUUUCAGCUUCGAGGCCAUCUACCGCCGUAGCCAGAAUCUCGACAUCGACGAGAUUGACUUGCAAGAGGGUAUCCCCGGAGUCUUCACUGGCAUCUCGAACAGAGACCUGCUAGACAAGACGGUCCCUCUCAAGCUAGGUCCCCUUCCCAUGGAGGAGGACCUCCGUGAAGAUGUCAGAGCCGAGCUUCAAGACGAGGACGCGCUGAACCCGCCGCCCGAAGGCCGGUCUACUCUGGUCGAAGAGUUCGACCGCAAGAUCAAGCGAGAGGAGAGCGCAGACGGCCCCAACAGAGCCGAGCUUCCUCUCCCUCCGUCUCGCGCCCGUGAUGUCGUCAUGGAGAUGCAGAAAGUUAGAGAAAACCGUGACCGUUUCAAGAUUGAGGGACGUACCGGCGGCGUCGGCGUCGCUGCUAGCGCGUGCAUGUUCACAUUCCACAACACGCUCGGAAGCGUAUCAUGCAUGGACUUCUCCAAAGAUCACGAAAUGGUUGCCAUUGGCACCACGGACUCCUACAUCCGCGUCUGGCACCUCGAGGGCAAGCCCUUGAAGUCGAAGAGAGCCGACGAGAAAGACUUCAAGUUCAACAACCGCAAGUUGAUCGGUCACUCUGCCCAGGUCUUCUCAGUCUCCUUCUCUGACGCCAUCGCCAAGCUUGAUCAUGCGCCAUUUGGCGAGGAGGGUAAGGGCGAGGGUCCUAUCGAGACCAGCUCCAAGCUCCUGCUGUCUUGUUCGGCCGACGGCACUGUUCGUAUCUGGUCCCUAGACAUCUGGGCUUGCGUCUGCGUCUACAAGGGCCACGACGGCCCCGUCAUGAGGGCCGAGUGGGGGCCUCAUGGCCACUACUUCUUGACCGGCGGCUGGGACAAGACGGCUCGAGUCUGGAUGCAAGACCACGCUUCUGCACAACGCAUUCUCGUCGGCCAUGACUCGAGCAUUUCGGCAGUCGCCUGGCAUCCCAACGGAACGUACGUCUUUUCGGCCUCGGACGAGACGGACAAGUCGAUUCGAAUGUGGUCUGUCAUCACGGGCCAGUGCGUCCGUGUCUUUACAGGCCAUACGGAUUACAUUUCGGCCAUCGAGUGUGCACCCAAUGGCAAGAUCUUGGCCACGGCUGACAACAGCGGCAAUAUCUUCUUCUGGGAUAUCCAGAAGGGCUCGCGCAUCAAACGGUCACGUGGCCAUGGCAAGGGCGGUAUCUGGUCCCUAAGUUUCAGCGUCGAGUCCAACGUCCUGGUCUCUGGCGGCCAAGACGGCACGGUCCGUGUCUGGGACGUCGAUCUGCCUGCCGAAGGCCACAAGGUUGUGCAACCGCAGCCAGGCACGGCACCCACGCAGGAGGGAGGUGAUACGAUCGUCGCCGCCACGGGACAGACGGAGCGAGCCAAUGCGAGCGGUCAAGGGGCGACUGGCAGUGGUUCCAACGCGCCCGGGGGCAGCAAGAAGAAGGGCAAGGAAGUGAUGAUUACGCCCGACCAAAUCAGCGCGUUCCCGACUAAGAAGACACCCGUGAUGAAGGUGCAGUUCACACGCAUGAACCUGAUUGUGGCUGGCGGUUGCUACGAUCCUGACCGCUAA